UGUACCAAAGACCAGUGUUCUUGACAUUCUUAACACCAUAAUCAGUUUUGUUAGUUAUUUUAUUGUUAAUAUUUUUAAUUAAUUCCCGUUUGUUGUUAAUUUGAACAUUGUGUUGGAUGUAAAGCGUGUCUUACAAUAUUUAAUCUACUUUGGUGUAAUUUCAAAAUGUGUGUUUUAAGAAGUUUACAAAACAUUACAUAGGGUAUGACAGCUGAGCAGGAGCUUUUCAGUUAAUACAAAUAAUUUUACAUUUGUCAUCUACAUUGACUAGAAUGUCUAAAGCUGGACACGACACCACAGACUAUGACCGUCAGUUCGAAGAAGACCUGGAGAAGGCGCAGGCACUUAGCCUGGAAACCCUUGCAUUGGAAAAAUUUCGAAUGGAAAAGUUGAAAACAGAAUUGUAUCGUUUCCAGGCUCGAGCAGAAGUUGAAACCAGUGAGAGCUUAAGACAAGAUAGGAGUUAUACACGAGGAUCCUCAGUGGACUCGGUUAUAUCUACAACAAUUGAGAGUAGAUCUCGCCCAAGACCAGGCUCUUUUAAUACUGGGGGUCCUUGUGUUUAUCAGAUAAAGCCUCCACCUGCGGUAGUGAGACGGAACAGUGUUGCCACUACCUCAGCACCCCCUGCCAGUGACCUGAUCUCCUUCCAUAGUCCGACUGGGCCUUCCAACAGCAACACAAAUUCUGCUCUUGAACAGUUUGAAGUCAGCAACGAUUUGUCUGUUAUUCCAAAACCACUGAAUGAUUAUUCUGUCAGGAACUUGAGUUCUGGAAUUCCACCAACCAUGCGGAGUGGUUUCCGAGACAUCGGGUUCGACUUGAACAAUUUGAGCUCUGAGCUGAGCGGCAUUACGCCACUGUCCACUACUUCUAUGUUCCAUGCGGCUCCACCACCGGGGUUCUACCUCCCCACUGUCUCCACCCCUUCCACCUACUCAUCCCAGUCUCAUCCCGUCAUCAACCCCUUCAUGUUCUUCAGUAUCCCCAGGGGCCAACAACCUCCACCCACCGCUGCCAACCCUAGUCAGUUUAACGGCAACAAUCUGAAUGUUUUGAGGACGGUGGAGAAACGGGACAACAGUAACCUAAUAGACCUGACUCCGUUUGACUCGGAGCUAGACCCACACCGGGACAAGGGGGUACGAGUCAGCCUCCUGGAGGCUUUUGACCCUCUCCUCACACCCUCCUGUUCCUCCGAACCCAUUCCCGAGGACACAGCCCUGAGAGAAGACCAGUCCGAGAGCUCAAGUGUGUACAACCCUUAUGAUCCUUUCGACUACCUGUACUCUCCUCCAUCUCUAGCUGGCAGUCAAGCCUCAGAUCCAAUCUACGCGGCUGUCGUUAAGGCAUCUCCCCUCUCUCCACCGCCGUUACCUCCUCGCAACAAUUCCAUCAAACACACUCCUGACAGAAAGUCUUACCGUCAAAGCAAGCUUUAUGACAAUGUGCUCGAGGAAAGGAAGAAGCCAACUCUUCAUGAUCCUGAUUUGGUGGCGUUUUAUACCAUGGUCAAAGCCCUACGAGGGGAAUUUGUCCACUCUGACCCUUACACCAAUGUGGGGCUCGUGAUCAGCCCACUGAUAGAGAGCUCUUACCUGCAGGGUACCAGUGUCAAGCUGACUGUUCACUGUCCAGACAAGGAGGCACCUCUUAGCUUCACUAGUGAUGUGAGCUGCAGUGUUGAACUCGUGUUGGAGAACAUUGUUUGUGGUUUGUUGGAUGCUGGCUCAGCUACAGAUUAUGUGUUAAAGGUGUGGGGUCUGGCCGAGUACCUGACUUCUCAAUCAUACUCAACUUUCAGACUAACGAGUAUGUCCAACAUUUACCUUGUCCACCACUGUAUCAAGCUGGACCAGGAUAUUAGGCUUGUGUUGGUGCACGUCGACAGCCUGCCUCGACCUCUCGCCAGGACGGCCCAGGAUGAUGAGAGAGACAAGGACUUGACUUUAGAAGAUUUGUUACCCAAAGAACCAGUGCAGCCUAUAUCAUAUGAAACUUUACAAAUUCUUCUAGAAACACUGGAGCGGGAGAUGGAACGUGUGGAGGCCAGUAUACAGGGUGGCAGUGAGGUCAGUAUACAGCCACGUGGGGUCAUGCAGGCAGUCAAGGCUGUGUGUGCACUGUUGGGUAGUGUGGAGACACUGGACAUCACAACGGCUCUCGACUCGUUCAACCGUGUGUCUGCACAGAUCUCCCAGACUCCUCAGGUAGAGGAAAUGUGGAAAGGGCCAGAGAUAGUGGACGAAGAUGGAGACUACUCUGUGGUGCUGUUCCGUGGAGAUCUCGCCAAGGAGACCGUAUCCAAUCAGUGCGAGCGGAUCCGUGAUGCUGUCCAGAAUCUGAUACAGACGUACGCAACGGCCUUCCGUGUGGACUUCCAGGUCAAAGACUUGUCCACCCCGACUAACGUGUCAUCUAAACUGUCUUCAGAGGUAUUAGACACGGUGCUGGUCCACGUGGAAUGCUUACACAGACUGUCAGCAGCCUGGACUCACGACACUUACCUGAUAGCUGGGCAACUCUACCACGGAACUCGACCUGUGGGUCACCCUGUGCUGUCCAAACCUACGCCACCCUCACGCUCUCUCUACAACAGGGUCAUCUUCGACUGCUGGUUGAACUUUGAGGGAACGUCGGUAUGUGAGCUGCCCAGGGAGUGUAGGCUAGUGCUGGUGGUCUACGGUCGAUCUGUCACCCCCGCCACAGAGGGGGGAGAGGGUGGGGAGGUCACUCAGGUCGAGCUAGGCUGGUCUGCUGUUCAGUUCUUCAACUAUGAAGGAGUGCUGGUGCAAGGGACUUCACUCCUAUCAGUGUGGCCCCCCGGGGCAGACAAGAGACUAGGGCCUGCCCCAGCAUCUGGCACUCAGCCCCAUGGAGACACCCAUCCAGUCCUUGGUGUGGAGCUGCCAGACUACGGUAGCAGGGUGGUGUUUCCUCCUCUCAUCAAGGAGCUGGAUCAGGAAUCCUUCUCCCCCACCUCACACGACUUCCAGUCUCUGGAUCUCAACACCCAGGAGCUCCUCAUGGAUAUCAUCCAGCAGGAUACAUUCACCAGGCCACUGCUAGAAGACAGGGAGAUACUGUGGGAGAAGCGGCACUACCUCGUAGCACAGCCGCAGGCACUACCCAAGGUGUUACUGGCCGCACAUAGCUGGGACUAUGCUUGUCUGUCUGACUUGCACGCCAUGUUACACACCUGGACUCCACUGGACCCUGUCAGCGCACUCCAGCUGUUACUGCCAUGUUUCCCUGACUGUGAGGUGCGCCGAGUGGCUGUGUCGUGGAUACAGGAUCUGUCCAGUGACGAGCUGGUGGACUAUCUGCCACAGCUUGUGCAGGCACUGAAGCACGAGACGUACGAAGCCUCACCACUUGCUCGGCUGCUGCUGGAGCGUGCCCUUACCUCACCACGGGUCGCCCACCACCUUUACUGGCUUCUCACCCAGGCCCUGCCCGGCCCCUCUCCUCAGAACUCAAGUGAAAUCGGGACAGAGGACCAGAGUGUGUGCGAGGCGAGAUACUUCCGUCGUCUGCAGUUAAUGUUGCGUGCUCUACUGGCAAUAUCUGGGGAAGCUCCCAGAGAACGCUUCAUGUCACAGCAGCUGCUAGUUAAGGGACUGUUUGAGGUGGCCGAGACUGUGAAGACAACCAAGGAGUCACAGCGCCUGAAUGCUCUGGUAUCAGCGCUGGAGGUGCUGCACUUUAAUAUAGAAACCACCAAGACCUGCCUCCCUCUCAGUCCCAGCCUGGAGGUCAAAGGUGUCCACAUCCGCUCCUGCUCCUACUUCCCUUCCAACACUCUUCCACUGAAGAUCAACUUCCACUGUGCCGAUGACUGUGUCAUACCUGCCAUCUUUAAGGUAGGAGAUGACCUGCAGCAAGACAUGUUGACCCUGCAGAUGAUACGAAUAAUGGAUAAACUGUGGCUGAGGGAGGGGCUGGAUCUCAAGAUGGUCACAUUUGCUUGUGUUCCCACCGGCACCAAGAGAGGGAUGAUAGAGAUGGUGACAGAAGCAGAAACUCUUCGUAAAAUCCAAGUGGAGCUGGGUCUCACUGGCUCAUUCAAGGAUCGGCCGAUAGCAGCAUGGCUCGCCAAACACAAUCCUUCUGCUUUAGAAUAUGAGAGAGCUGUGGCUAAUUUUACUGCGUCUUGUGCAGGGUACAGUGUGGCCACCUAUGUCCUCGGUAUCUGUGACCGACACAAUGACAACAUCAUGCUGAAGACUUCCGGACAUAUGUUUCACAUAGAUUUCGGCAAGUUCCUUGGUGACGCUCAGAUGUUUGGCAACUUUAAGAGGGACCGUACACCUUUUGUGCUGACAUCAGAUAUGGCGUACGUGAUCAACGGUGGUGAUAAGCCCUCGGCCAAGUUCCAUCACUUUGUGGACCUCUGCUGCCAGGCGUUUAACGUCGUCCGCAAGCACGGCAACCUGCUUCUCAACCUCUUUGGCUUGAUGGCAUCGUCAGGUAUCUCUGGCGUGACAAUGGACGCGGUGCGCUACAUCCAGCGCUCGUUACUGCUGGAACUGACCAAUGCUGAAGCAGCCGCCAUGUUCGCUGCUCGCAUGAUCCAAAGUUCCCUCAAGUCAUGGUUCACACAGUUCAACUUUUUCCUUCACAACCUAGCACAGCUACGCUUCACCGGUGACCACAAUGAUGGAGAACUACUCAGCUUCGUCCCUCGUACCUACUCAAUGGCUCAGGAAGGAAGAUUGCAGAGUGUGGAGGUGUACGGGUACCAGAAACGGUACGACCCAGGCAAGUACUAUGUGUACAUCCUGAGAGUGCAGAGAGUGAGCCAGACCGACCCUAGCUACCUGUUCCGCUCGUACAAGGAGUUUGUGGAGUUUCAGCAGAAGCUGUGUAUUCACUUUCCACUCGCAAAGUGUUACAGCCUGCAGAGCACGUCACUACAUGUAGGUCGGUCCAACAUCAAGCAGGUGGCGGAGAAACGUCGGGUAGACAUCAAGCGGUUCCUUACGUCACUGUUCAAGAUGGCGGAUGAGAUCUGUCAUAGUGACCUUGUAUACACCUUCUUCCACCCCUUGCUGCGGGACCAGCAGGAGGCCAGUAUCCACGAGGCCAAACUCAAGGAACGCAAGAAGGAGCGGGCAAUAAACAGUGAGUCAUGGAGAUUACGAGGAGAACUGAGGCUGUCUGUACACUACCAGCGAGGCAUCCUAAUGGUGAUGGUUCACCAUGCACGGGAACUGCCGGCGGUGCCGAACGGACAGGAGCCCUCCACAUACGUCAAGGUGUACCUGCUGCCUGACCCCCACAAGCAGACUAAGCGGAAGACCAAGGUGGUGCGACGCAGCUGUCAUCCCUCCUUCAUGGAGAUGCUGGAGUACCGGAUGCCACUGGAAAUAGUCCAGCACAGGAUUCUUCAAGCGACGGUUUGGAACCACGACCCUCUCCAGGAGAAUGAGUUCUUAGGUGGCAUUUCCCUGCCCCUGGAGUCACUGGACCUCAGCCAGGAGACGUUGCAGUGGUACUCCUUGGGCAAUGUUCACAGGUAGUCCAGACGACAGUCGUGUGUGGUACAUUUGGCUUACCCAGAACAUUAUGCAACUGUUUGGGCAAUGAUUUUGCUAACUUGUGCAUUUGACGAAAUAAUUACACCUUAGUGAUGAUUCAAUAACAUAAAGUAAGCUUGAAUUUACUGAUAAGUCUUAUAUAAGACUUAAGUUGUAUGAAUUAACAAAAUCCUAAGUUACACCAAAUAUUCUUUGAAAGCCAGAGAAUCCAGCAUGUUGGUGUGGCUCAGUCCACAGAAGUAUCUCACCACAAUAACCAUUCACCGAUCUUUAACAUGAAAACAAGUUUGUAAGUGCAAGUUUGAAUCAUGUGCAACCGUUGUGUUGGGUAUUCUUAUUGAGCAGCCAGAUAACUGUUUUGACAUAGGUAAGUUUCCGCACAAAUUUUAAUUUUAUUUAUAUUUAUCGCACAUAUUCAAAUAUUACAAUAAAUUAUUGCUUAACAAAGUAAUGGACUCGCUUGUGUUAUCUAGUAAAGAUGCUUGUGUAUAGUGGAUAAAUGACCUGGUACUGUAUAGGAUCAAACCAUUUUAUUCCUUUUUUAUAUUAAUACCAGUUUUUUGAAUAUAAUUUUAGAUGUAUUGUCAGAAGUUAAAAUGCAUUCUAAUAUAUUUGGUUGAAAGUUA